CCUCCUCCCGCUUCCCUCUCUCUCUGCUCCACUCCUCACUAGCUCUCUCCCUCUCCUCGGGCGGAAUCGCCCACCGCUGCCAGCCCCGUGCUGGGGGGACCCGUGCCAGGCUGCAGCCGCAGGACCCCACCAUCCCCCAUGGCGGCCCUGGCCUUGGUGGGGCUCGCACUCCUCCUGGGGGCUCCCCUGUGCUCAGGGGGGGCCACCCCCACCCCUUCCCUGCCACCUCCCCCGGCCAAUGACAGCGACACCAGCACAGGGGGCUGCCAGGGCUCCUACCGCUGCCAGCCCGGGGUGCUGCUGCCCGUGUGGGAGCCCGACGACCCAUCCCUGGGGGACAAGGCGGCGCGCGCUGUGGUGUACUUCGUGGCCAUGGUCUACAUGUUCCUGGGCGUGUCUAUCAUCGCCGACCGCUUCAUGGCAUCCAUCGAGGUCAUCACGUCCAAGGAGAAGGAGAUCACCAUCACCAAGGCCAACGGCGAGACCAGUGUGGGCACCGUGCGCAUCUGGAACGAGACCGUGUCCAACCUCACGCUCAUGGCCCUGGGCUCCUCGGCGCCCGAGAUCCUGCUGUCUGUCAUCGAGGUCUGCGGCCACAACUUCCAGGCGGGCGAGCUGGGCCCAGGCACCAUCGUGGGCAGCGCCGCCUUCAACAUGUUCGUGGUCAUCGCUGUUUGCGUCUACGUCAUCCCCGCCGGCGAGAGCCGCAAGAUCAAGCACCUGAGAGUCUUUUUUGUCACUGCCUCUUGGAGUAUCUUCGCCUACGUCUGGCUUUAUCUCAUCCUUGCUGUGUUUUCCCCGGGUGUGGUCCAGGUGUGGGAAGCGCUGCUGACGCUCAUCUUCUUCCCGGUGUGCGUGGUGUUCGCCUGGAUGGCCGACAAGCGGCUGCUCUUCUACAAGUACGUGUACAAGCGCUACCGCACCGACCCGCGCAGCGGCAUCAUCAUCGGCGCCGAGGGCGACCCGCCCAAGAGCAUCGAGCUGGACGGCACGUUCGUGGGGGCCGAGGCAACGGGCGAGCUGGGCGCGCUGGGCCCGGGCCCCGCCGAGGCGCGUGAGCUGGACGCCAGCCGCCGCGAGGUCAUCCAGAUCCUCAAGGACCUCAAGCAGAAGCACCCGGACAAGGACCUGGAGCAGCUGGUGGGCAUCGCCAACUACUACGCGCUGCUGCACCAGCAGAAGAGCCGCGCCUUCUACCGCAUCCAGGCCACGAGGCUGAUGACCGGCGCGGGCAACGUGCUGCGGCGGCACGCGGCGGACGCGUCGCGCAGGGCGGCGCCGCCAGAGGGCGCCGUCGAGGACGAGGAUGACGGCGCCAGCCGCAUCUUCUUCGAGCCCAGCCUGUACCACUGCCUGGAGAACUGCGGCUCCGUGCUGCUGUCCGUCACCUGCCAGGGCGGCGAGGGCAACAGCACCUUCUACGUGGACUACCGCACGGAGGACGGCUCUGCCAAGGCGGGCUCCGACUACGAGUACAGCGAGGGCACGCUGGUGUUCAAGCCGGGCGAGACGCAGAAGGAGCUGCGCAUUGGCAUCAUCGACGACGACAUCUUCGAGGAGGACGAGCACUUCUUCGUGCGGCUGCUCAACCUGCGCGUGGGCGACGCGCAGGGCAUGUUCGAGCCCGACGGCGGCGGGCGGCCCAAGGGGCGGCUGGUGGCGCCGCUGCUGGCCACCGUCACCAUCCUGGACGACGACCACGCGGGCAUCUUCUCCUUCCAGGACCGCCUGCUGCACGUGAGCGAGUGCAUGGGCACUGUGGAUGUGCGCGUUGUGCGCAGCUCGGGCGCGCGCGGCACCGUGCGCCUCCCCUACCGCACGGUGGACGGCACGGCGCGCGGCGGUGGCGUGCACUACGAGGACGCGUGUGGAGAGCUGGAGUUCGGCGACGACGAGACCAUGAAAACGCUCCAGGUGAAAAUCGUGGACGACGAGGAGUACGAGAAAAAGGAUAACUUCUUCAUUGAGCUGGGCCAGCCCCAGUGGCUUAAGCGAGGGAUUUCAGCUCUGCUGCUCAAUCAAGGAGAUGGGGACAGGAAGCUGACGGCCGAGGAGGAGGAGGCCCGAAGGAUAGCGGAGAUGGGCAAGCCGGUUCUGGGGGAGAACUGCCGGCUGGAGGUCAUCAUCGAGGAAUCCUAUGACUUUAAGAACACAGUGGAUAAACUCAUCAAGAAAACGAACUUGGCCUUGGUGAUCGGAACCCAUUCGUGGAGGGAGCAGUUUUUAGAAGCAGUGACAGUGAGUGCAGGGGAUGAGGAGGAAGAAGAGGAUGGGUCCCGAGAGGAGCGGCUGCCAUCCUGCUUUGACUACGUGAUGCACUUCCUGACGGUGUUCUGGAAGGUGCUGUUCGCCUGCGUGCCCCCCACUGAGUACUGCCACGGCUGGGCCUGCUUUGGCGUCUGCAUCCUGGUCAUCGGCCUGCUCACCGCCCUCAUCGGGGACCUGGCCUCCCACUUUGGGUGCACCGUGGGCCUCAAAGACUCUGUCAAUGCUGUUGUCUUCGUGGCACUGGGCACCUCCAUCCCCGACACGUUCGCCAGCAAGGUGGCGGCGCUGCAGGACCAGUGCGCGGACGCGUCCAUCGGCAACGUGACGGGCUCCAACGCGGUGAACGUGUUCCUGGGCCUGGGUGUGGCCUGGUCGGUGGCUGCCGUGUACUGGGCGGUGCAGGGCCGGCCCUUCGAGGUGCGCACCGGCACGCUGGCCUUCUCCGUCACGCUCUUCACCGUCUUCGCCUUCGUGGGCAUCGCCGUGCUGCUCUACCGGCGCCGGCCGCACAUCGGCGGCGAGCUGGGCGGCCCGCGCGGGCCCAAGCUCGCCACCGCCGCGCUCUUCCUGGGCCUCUGGCUCCUCUACAUCCUCUUCGCCAGCCUCGAGGCGUACUGCCACAUCCGCGGCUUCUAGGCCCACGCGGACUCAGCCUCACCCGGGCGCGCUCCGGGACUCGGCCUUCUCCUCCUGAGAUCCCGCCUGCCCUUCCCCGGGGUCCUAGGCCUCGUCCUCUGUCCCGGGCCCUCAGCCGCCCUCCCUCUCUGCCCUCGUCCCUGGGGAAAAGUCCACCUCCAGGCCCCUCCCUGGUCCCCAGAACUCAACUGCUCUCUCCCUGGACGGCCAGAAGUCUCCCUUCUCCUGGCGCCACCCUCCCCGGGCCCCCCAGGUCCCGGGAUGCCCAGGUCUCGGCCCUUCCCCCGCCCUCAGGGAGCUCCGCCCAGGCCCCGGGAGCUCCGGCCGGGUGUGCGCGGGGGCGGCGCCCAGCUCUCCUGCGGCCUGCACUCGAGCUCGGGGAGCACUGAGGCUCGGAGAAGUCGGGGUUCAGUCCCGAGGCUCGCUGGAGGAGGCACUUUUGGGACCCGCAACUUCUCACAUUCCAGCGCCCCGUUGCCCUCCACUACCUCUGAGAGCCCCGCGCCUGGAGGGAGGGGCUGCGCGUGCGUGUACAUAGUGUGUGCGGGGAUGGGAUGCGGGUGGGUGCAUGUAGGUGGGAAAGGGUGACAGACUUUGCUUUCGAGAGGGCAGCAGACUCCCUCAGCCUUGCGGGCCAGCUGCGGGGAGACAACUGGGCUUCUCUGACAGCCUCGGAAGUUCAUUUUGCCCUCAGUGCGAGCCCAUCCGGGCAGGACCCUCGAAGAGGAGCCCGAGGGUCCCAGAGGACCAACGCUACAAGCCACAAAUGCUGCCACAUCCCUGCCCGGCGGGGGACGGGGGCGGGCCUGGGCCUGGGUGGGCGUUUUUAACUUUGGAGCCCGCCACCUGCCGGUGGGCCGUCUGCAUUUUCUUACUGUUGAUGUCUCCUAAGGGCCGCACUUGGGGAGCGGGGAGUGCUGCCCCCUCCUUGAGACCCUAGGAUGACCCUGCCACCCCCAUAAACUCCGGCUUCCCACAGGUUUUUUGCAUUCUAUUGUCCAGUUGUGCAUCAGCCCCAACACCGGGACGCGUUCCCACGCCCCUCCUCCCCCCAGCCAUCGGCAUUACCUACUGUCUCUUCUCUGUGAUUUCUGUACAAGUUGCCAUAAAACUUUGAAACUCUGCCUGAAAAAGUCUUCCCGUGGGAAGUGGGGAGUUCAGGAAGAGGGGGCUCAUGAAGUCGAUCUGACCCAGAUUUGGGCAACUGUGGAAUAAACCAGGUAAUUUGCGUUUUUAGAGUCCCCCGUUCUCUGCAGGACACGCCCGCGACUCACCAUGGGGCCCAUUGGCCACGCCCCCAUUUAAUCGGCUGCAAACUAUGACUCUUCUGGAGCAUCCUGGGAAUAAAAGAGAAUUUGCCUGAA